AUGGCCGUCUGGGGCCGCGUCGGUGUGCAGAUCUGUGAAGCCGCGACGACGCUCUUCGACAAGUCCAAGAAAUCCCUCAUCGGCGACGGCUCGUUCCACGGCUUCGUUGCCGCCACCCUGCACGAGGUGCCGAACGCCCAGGCAGUCGCCCCGCCCGAGGCGUACGGCGCGCUGGUGUACGCGCAGCAGGGGCAGACGGUGCAGAAGCGCGUGAGCGAGAUCAUGCCGGGUGACGUCGUGCUCCUGCGCGACGCGAAGCUGAAGGGGCACAAGGGGCUCGCGGCGUACAGCCUGUCGGUGGGGCAGGGCGAGGACGUGGUGGGGAUCGUGGGCGAGUUUGAGGGGAAGAAGAGCAAGGUGCGGGUGUUCCAGGCGAAUCAGCACGUUGGGCAGCAGACGGUGGAGUCGGUGAGCUAUCGGUUGGAUGAUUUGAAGAGCGGGACGAUUAAGGUCUUCCGUGUGUUGGAGGCGUGA